AUGCUACGUCAUCAAGCAGGCCUGCGAGAGAAUCGCAGAGUCGAGCUGCGCUUUGAUCACCACCAACGGACCAAGGCUCUCUGGCAGGCCGCGGAGAACGGUUGCUCGGUGUGCUCCGCACUGGCGAGGCAAUUAAAGCGCGAUCGCUUUGCGCUAGAAGAAGACCAACCCAUCGAUCUGCAGGCGGCCCUGGCCUCGAUAUGUGGACGAGAAUGGAAGCGCGGAUACUACUCUUUGGAUUUUCUGCUGGAUGGGAGGUGGAUGCGGACCUUUGCUCUGAGACCGCGAACGCGGCGGUGGGGCCUCAGGAAAAAAGGACAGCAUUCAGCGCACAUGCGAUCCAAAGAGGUCUUCAAGCUUACGCAAAACUGGGUCUCAAGAUGCAAAUGCGCCAACUUGAAGCAAGAAUGGUACCCGGACCGACUUCUCGACCUGGAAGAAGUCAAGUGCGCUAUCGGAUCUGGCGAUGAAGCCACCUCUAAAACUAGGAUCCGUCUUCUAGAGAACUCAGCGGACUGGAAAGUUGAAGAGACAGAAAAAGCUAAAGAUAACCGCAACCGCAAGGAGAUGAUGGUUCGUGGAAUCGCGUUGGAAGAUUUACCACCAACUUUCCGUGAUGCCGUCGUAUUCGCGAGCCGUCUAGAAGGUGUUCGGUACAUCUGGAUCGACGCAUUGUGCAUCAUACAGGAAAAUGAAGAGGAUGACGAUGGCCUUCACGCCGAGGACUGGAAGACGCAAUCCGCACUCAUGGAUAAGGUGUACCACGAGUCGUACCUGAAUAUCUCUGCCACGUCCGCGUCAAACCCCGCUGGGGGCUUGUUUCGAUCCAGGAAUCCGGACUUGUUGCAGGAAGAUGAAGUCAAGUUGAACGUACAAGGUUUGCUUGAACUUGACGAAGAUGAGGACGAGGAAAGAGAGGGGUCUCUGAAAAAACGGAAGAAGCAUGUGAAGAAAUGCUCCGUUGUCGAUGUCUCUUUGUGGGAUGAUCUGGUCGAAGAUGCCCCUCUCAACAAAAGGGCUUGGGCCUAUCAGGAAAGGCUUUUGGCUCCAAGGGUCGUCCAUUUCUGCAGCGACCAGGUUGCAUGGGAAUGUUCCGAGCGUUGUUGCACUGAACGCUAUCCUGGAGGCGUUCCUAGGCUUCAGCUAAAAUCCGGGGUCAUCGUGAGCGAGGACAGACUGAAGGACGUAGAUCCUGAAAGAGAAGGGGAGAUGUUCCAAAGUACCAGUGCGGACGGAUUCGAAGACCCGGAGAAAUACCUGCCUAAGCUUCACGCGUACGAACUUUGGAAGAGAGUAGUUGAACUCUAUUCGCAAAAGGAACUUUCCAAGAAGGGCGACAAGCUGAUUGCACUUGCCGGCAUUGCGAAAUUCUUUUUCGAUACGAAGCUUGGCCUAGGGCGACCAGUCGCGCAACAAGGACAGCACUCGUACGUUGCUGGGAUGUGGCGAGAACACUUGGAAAGCCAGCUCUUAUGGCGUGUCGAGCCGUAUUUUGAGGAUGGCUGGACACACAACAGUGCUCGACGCCACCCCUUACGAGCGCCCUCUUUCUCAUGGGCCGCACUGGAUGUGCCGCACGGUAUUGCAUAUGGCGAGUACAAGGAUCAUGAUCUGCUCUUCCAGGUCGAAGAUGUUCACAUGGAGUAUGAGGACAACAAGAACAAGUUUGGUCUCCUCAAGGGUGCCAGGUGUCGGCUCUUGCUUAGUGCCCGUGCCAUCCAGAUUCAACUGCGGGAGAUAGAGCCGAAGUUUAUUACGCCGUACGGAUGGUGGGUCAACAGCAGCAAUGAACCGCCGCUCCGAGACAUGUACACCGACAUAUACCUGGACAGCCCUGCGAGCGAUAGCAAUAUUUUUGAGCCUGGCUCGAGGAUCUAUUGCAUGCCUGCUGCAACGGACGAUGGAACGAUGGCCCAGCCUCUGCCUGACUUCAUUUGCCUUCUGCUGCAGCUUACGGGAGAAGAUGAGGGUCAUCGGACUUUCAAGAGAAUUGGGCUGGCAAGGCUUUCAAAUUACGAAGGAAUGAAAUUUCAACAGGAGAUUGUAGGCGUACAGCCUGAGGAGAUGUAUUUGUAUUGA